AUGCCCUCACCACCAUCUCACGAGGAAGAUGCAGCUGAGGAAGAAGAGUGGGAGAGGGAAGCGACAUCUACGUUGGAAACACUAGGUAGCGUUCACGUGGAGGACGGUCCCACCGCAGACCAUGCAUUCCAUCUGGACUUAAGGAUGGAAACUUCGAUCCCGAAUCAUCAGAUUGAGCUGAACAACGCGAGUUUGAAAUUCUCUAACGAAGCAGCAGGGUACCGUAUGAUAACGCAUUUCUUCGCCCACCUCUGCCUCUAUUUACGGAUGAUCGAUAUUCCAGUUCUGCCAUUCGCGUUCCAAGUCAUUCUCGAGGCUUACCUACAAGUGUUGGUGGCUGCAGACCAAAAAAAGUUGAUCGCCAUAUAUGCUGGUGCGGAAGAAGACAAUGCAGUGGAGCGACAUACGAUGUUCUUGACUUCGCUCGAACUGACUCCGGACAUCGACGAACGUCGAUUAGCAUUGACUCGUGCACGAGAACAUGGUCUAAGCGUUCACAGGGUGGAAGUUGUCACUGCUGAGCGAAGAAUCGAUAGAGCAUUCGAGGGCCUGCUCCCUUCGGUCAUUGCACUACAGGCCACUCCUUCUGAUAUCGAGCUCCUGCUACUUCGUUCCAUAGAGUGGACGACGUUCGAGGAUGGGACGUACGAUACUGCGCUGGAACAAGCCACCGUCAUUUUGCGGGCCGGGAGGGUUUCGCUUGCAAAGAACCUCGUGGAGAUGCUUCCGCGUGAACUCGCCUCCAUCGACCAACCUGAGGAACGAGCCACAUAA